GUCGUGAUGACGCGAGCGCCGGGCCGUAGCCCCCAGGCUGGGCCGGAACCGCAGCCGCCGUGGGCUGAGGUUCGAAUGUGGGAGUUGUCCCAGAUGCGGUUGCUGCUGAUGUCGCCCUGGGAGAAUGCCUUGAUGGGUGAUUAGCACCAUUCAGUGAUGGGCUGUGGGACAAGCAAAGUGCUUCCCGAGCCCCCCACGGACGUUCAGUUAGAUCUGGUUAAAAAGGUUGAGCCUUACACUGGUCAUAAAAAUGACGUGUACAAGCACUUCAUCAAGGAUGAUGGUGGAGCUGCUAUCAAAGCUGGCUCCCCCUCGCCUCCUCGUCACACCAACCCCUAUUCCAGUGGCCACCCACCUAACUACAUGGAGCAGCCUGAGCCCCGCAAGAACAAGGUGGCUAAGUACCGUGCCAAAUUUGACCCCAGGGUGACCGCCAAGUAUGACAUCAAAGCCCUGAUUGGCCGAGGCAGCUUUAGUCGUGUUGUGCGGGUGGAACAUAAGGCUUCCAAGCAGCCCUAUGCAAUCAAGAUGAUAGAGACCAAGUACCGGGAAGGGAGGGAAGUGUGCGAAUCAGAGCUCUGUGUGUUGCGACGGGUUCGGCACACAAACAUCAUCCAGCUCAUUGAGGUGUUUGAGACCCAGGAGCGAGUCUACAUGGUGAUGGAGUUGGCCACCGGAGGGGAACUGUUUGAUAGAAUCAUUGCCAAAGGCUCCUUUACUGAGAGAGAUGCUACCCGAGUGCUGCAGAUGGUGUUGGAUGGGGUAAAGUACUUACAUACACUGGGCAUCACGCACCGGGACUUAAAACCAGAGAAUUUGCUGUAUUACCAUCCUGGAACGGAUUCUAAAAUCAUGAUCACAGACUUUGGGCUAGCAAGUGCUCGGAAGAAGGGAGAUGACUGCCUAAUGAAAACCACCUGUGGGACACCAGAGUAUAUCGCCCCAGAAAUCCUGGUCAGGAAACCCUACACCAAUUCUGUGGACAUGUGGGCACUGGGUGUGAUCUCGUACAUCCUCCUGAGUGGAACUAUGCCCUUUGAGGAUGACAACCGAACCCGCUUGUACCGGCAGAUCCUGAAAGGAAAGUACAGUUACUCAGGGGAGCCCUGGCCCAGCGUGUCCAAUCUGGCCAAGGACUUCAUUGAUCGCCUGCUCACAGUGGAUCCCAGUGACAGGAUGACAGCUCUUCAGGCCUUAAAGCACCCCUGGGUAGUCAGCAUGGCAGCCUCCUCCUCCAUGAAGAACCUGCACCGCUCCAUCUCUCAGAACCUCCUCAAGAGGGCGUCCUCUCGCUGCCAGAGCACCAAAUCAGCCCAGUCCACCCGCUCCAGCCGCUCCACCAAAUCCAAUAAGUCGCGGCGGGUGCGGGAACGGGAGCUGCGGGAGCUCAACCUGCGCUACCAGCAGCAAUGCAAUGGCUGAGAACUCACCAGGAAACUGCCAGCUGUCUUCCCAGGUGCACUUCCUCUGGUGCAGGUGUGCAACGGUCCCACGCGGCGGGGAACACCCAGGCUCCUGCUGAAGGAGUGCUCCUCCCUGGGCGCGAAGCUCGGGGAAAAUGGAACCUUUGCACCCCAGCCCCCCACAGUGGGCACUCCUCACUUGGGUGGGCUGCGUUUCGGAGCCUGAUGCAGGAAGUGGAGCAGUGAAAGCCUUCCUUGUGCUCAUCCAGGUCCAGAGUGAAGGUCAAAGUUCAGGGCCUCAAGUACUCAGCAAAUUAGGGAGCCCCGUGAAGAGAAGAGCCCCCUCCCCAGCCCAGGAGUUUGGCUGCCUAUAGUUAUUUAUUGAUUCCAGAAUGUUAAGUCCCUAUACAUGCUUGGACAGUAUUUAUAUUGGACUCCAUUGAUGCUGGUGGGAGUCACACGCACAGCUAGGGUUGGAAGUGCUGUGACUCAACAGCAAGCCAGCUGCAUGAAGGAAAUGCCAGGCAGGAGUCUUCAGUGAGGAGCAUGAAGCAGAGAGGUUUCCCCCAAGGAUCCCCCCCCCGGUGACUGUGACAGCAUCACAGGUUACUCGUGCUGGUUAAGGAUUGAUUGAGGUAUCGGCGCCCUGGAGCGCAGAUCGUCUGCAGUCGCAGUUCCCCUUUGCCCUGACUGAAGGUUCCUAACUGUGGGGAGGGGAGAGGAUGCGAAACCUGCAGGAGCAAAACGCUUUGCAGGACACCUACAAACUUCUUUUCUAAAGCGAACCCCGUGGCUAGCCCUGGCCCCCACCCCUGCGCUAGCACUCCGGAAGAUCUCCUCUGUCU